GAAUCACUUCUUUGGGCUGACAUGGAAACCUGCUGAAAGUCCUCAAAGCAUGUUGAUCAAAAAGAUUGAAGCCAAGGAGGCCCGUGAUUGGCUGCGAGCGGCCGGCUUCCCACAAUAUGUGCAAUUAUUCAAAGACUGCAGGUUCCCCGUCGACAUCGAGUCGGCGAAGCGUGAUCACCACUUUCUGGAUAAGGAUGCUCUCGAGUCGCUCUGCAGGAGGUUAAUCACGUUAAACAAAUGCACAGAAAUGAGGCUGGAGCUGCGCAGAGCAAAACGCAGGGGGGACGAUGGCGAUGAGGAGGAUUUUUGUGCCAUCAGCCCCAACUGGACCUACGACAGGCCGACGCGGCAGUGGAGACGCCUCAGCUCCGUGGCCCCCCACGCGUCUGAGAGUCCAGCCGGGUCUCAGGACGAGUCGUCGUGCGACCACAGCGACCGCCACGACAUCUGCUCCAUCCACAGCUCCUGCAGCACGGAGAGCGAAGGCCACGACGGCCCCCGCAGGAGCCGCAGGAGCCGCAGGGAACCCGGUUCCACCUCCGCCGCCGCUCCCAGCACCGCCACAGACGACCAGGAGACCAGCCGGAGCUCCUCCCGCUGCUCCUCCUCAAACAAGACCCCGUCCCUGGACACCUCCUUCAGCGGACCCCCGUCCCCCACCGAAGGCUCGUCCCGGGCCAGUUUGGAAACCGAGGCCGGCUUCGCCGAUAAGCCCCCCAGGAAGAAGUGCAGCACCCUGCUGAGGAAGAUGGAGAAGCUGAGGCUGAGGGGGGCGGCCGGCCUCUUCUCCACGGAGCACAGCGGUGGAAGCAGCGGCGGCGGGGAUCACGCCAGGCCCGUUAUCAGCGGGCCAGUUCUGAUCCCAGACGGAGAGAAGAUGGAGAGGCUGCACUGCCCAUCCAGUCCCCAGACCCGGCCCGGCAGCCACUCGUCUUCCUUUCCCUCGUCCCCUCGCGCCGCCAGCAGCGGCAGCAGCAGCACCAGCCCGUCGGAGAACAGCAGCACCGUCAGCACGCCCAGCCCCGUCACCCGGGUCAGGAGCAACUGCAAACGCUCCAACAGCACCGCCGGGACGGGGAGCGGGACCACACAGAGCCAGCAGAACCAGGAGACGGAGGACUACAGGAACCAGGUCAACAACAACAACAACAACAGCCGCCGCGAGAGCCUGGUCUUCCAGAUCCCCCAGGGGCACAAGCCGGGGACCUUCCCCACGUCCCUGGCACACAAACAGGCCGUCCUGUCCCCCAUCAUGGACAGCAGCUCCGUCAACUGGAGGACCGGGAGUUUCCACGGCUGCCGCGGCCGCCAGAGCCGCCAGCAGGCCACGUCGUCCCUGGCGUCGGCGGCGUCUCCCUCCAGCGGCGUGGGCGUCUCCAGGCGGCUCCCCGGCCUGGAUCAGCGGCUCAGCAUCUACGACAACGUGCCCGAUGACGCGCAGCUGUCCGGGAGCGAGGGAGGAAGUGGCGGGAGCGGCAGCGACGCGGAGCGGCUGGGGGAAGAGUCGGAGACGGGCCGACUGCUGUCAGACGAGGACGUGUUCGCCGCUCUGGACAGCGUUCUGGCUCGAAUCAACGACCUGCAGCAGCUCGUCACCUCCCUGUCCGAAAACCUGUCGGAGGACGACUGUCGACGAGGCUCCUCCGCGUCGUCCCCGUCCUCCCAGGACUCUCCCGCCCGCGGCUCCUCGGCCAGCUCCCCCUGCCCGUCCUCCCCCAGCCACAUCCACCUGGAGGUGCAGCACCCGGAGGAGGCCCAGGGCUUCCAGAAGGAACCCGAGGAGCCGGAGGAGCCCGGGGAACCCGGGGAGCCGGCGACCACGUCGCCCCAACCCAGGAGCAGCAGGGCGAGUCAGCAGCUUCACUGGUCCAGCGAGCAGAGCCUGCCCUUCCUGCCCUCCAGUCCGGGGCUGGAGAGCCAGUCGGCCCCCCAGAUCCUCCUGCUGCAGAAACUGGCGCUGCUCAAGCUCACCGCUCUGAUGGACAAAUACUCGCCGUCCAGCAAGCAGGGCUGGAACUGGACUGUUCCCAAACCUCUGGGCAAGGCCAAGGCGACGGAGGUGAAAGGCCGGCAGGUGUUCGGGGUUCCCCUGCUCCUGGGAAUCCAACAGACGGGAGAGCCACUUCCUCCCAGCAUCAUCAGAGCCCUGGUGUACCUGAGGACGCAGUGUCUGGACCAGGUGGGUCUUUUCCGGAAGUCAGGGGUCAAGUCUCGUAUCCAGUACCUGCGCGAGCUGGUGGAGUCGGACCCGGAUGGAGUUUCAUACGACGGCCAGUCGGCCUUCGACGUGGCCGACAUGGUGAAGCAGUAUUUCAGAGACCUCCCCGAACCCGUCUUCAGCAGCAAACUCUGCGAGUCCUUCCUCCACAUCUACCAAUAUUUCCCGAAGGACCAGCAGCUGGUGGCGGCUCAGGCGGCCGUGCUGCUGCUCCCGGACGAGAACAGGGAGGCGCUGCGGACGCUGCUCUUCUUCCUGCGAGAUGUCGUGGCCUGCGUGGAUGAGAACCAGAUGACCCCCACCAACAUCGCCGUCUGCCUGGCGCCGUCUCUUUUCCACCUCAACACCAUACAGAGAGACGUCAGGUCCAGUCACAGGAAGUACAGCCUGGGCCGGCCGGACCAGCGGGACCUGAGCGAGAACCUGGCGGCCACGCAGGGCCUGGCCAGCAUGAUCACCGAGGCCCAGAGGCUUUUCCAGCUUCCAGAGUUUUGGCCCGGCCAAAACUUGAGCCUCUCAGAGAUCCCGCCCUGUGAGGAGUCCAGGGGGGGCUCGGCUCUCUCCAGUCGGGACGGGGGAGACGAUGAGCUGGAGGAGCGACGGAGCAGACUGCAGCUCAGCACCCAGCAGCUUCUCCAGGACCAGGAGCAGAGUGAGGGCUGGGAGAGACACCCCGCUCCGGAGCACGUGACCCUGGCCUCCAAGAAGGUGAACGACGGCCACCUGCUGUGCAUGUGGCGCGGCUGCGUGGAGGUGGACGCGCCGCAGCAGGAGCUGCUGCAGCGGCUGCUGCGGGAGCCGCAGCUCUGGGAGCCCAACCUGCGUCAGUCCGCCGUCGUCCAGACCCUGUCCAAGGACGCCGAGCUGUACCGCUGCGUCCUGCAGGGCCCGGGCCACAGCCUGGGCUGGCAGCCCCCGCAGGAGCACCUGCUGCUCAGGACCUGGCAGGCCGACCCGUCCUCCGGCCCGCUCUACGUCUCCUCCGUGUCCACGGAGCACCCCGAGGUGCCGACGGAGGGGGUCCGGCCCCUCGUGCACUCCUGCCUGUACCUGCUGGAGCCCACGGGGGCCAUCAAGACCCGGCUGACGCACAUGUGUCGGACAGAUACGAGGGGUCGGUCGCAGGAGUGGUACAGCAAAGUGGGUGGACAUCUCCUGGCCUCCGGUCUCCUGGCCAUCAAAGACUCCUUCAGAGCAGAGUACAAAGAAACCAAAAUAUGAGACGACACAGAAGAAGAAGUUGGACCUCCACCCGGAUGGGCAGCAUCAGUUUCCUGCUUCUUUCCAAUAGCUUUGAAACUCCUUUUCUGUUGUCAUCUGUGUGACCUUCCAGCCUUGCCAGCAGCUCCUCUGAGCUGCUGCUGCUGCUCGACGCAACUAAAACACCAGCUUUUGUCUCCUGAAGUAAAAAGGCAGAAAAGGAGCAAGUAGACAGUUCAGGGCUGUCCCUGCGGAGCCUUUAGCCAAUAACAUGUUUAUCAAACUCCUUCCUGUAGGAAGAGAAAGAGGCAAGGGAAAUCUGUGGAAGCUUCCUGGACAAACACAGGAAAAGCGAGGACAGAAACUCAGGAAACAGACUUUUAGCCUGCAGACAUUUGACUUUGGAGGAAAAGGGUGGAGGGGAGGGGAGGUAUCAAACCUUUGACCACAAACAAGGCAGCGCCCCCAAGGGAAGCUAAGCUUCACACAGCUGCCUGGAAGUCCUGCAAACGCUGAAACGUGGCCUUUAGAACACUAAAACCCUUUCUGCCACUGACCGCUACACAUGCAGAUGUUUGCAUGAGGAACUUUGUCCUGUUUGGAAAGAGAGACGAGCUUCAACACGGCGGAGCUGAAGAAAAUCCCCUGCAAUAAGAGCAAAGUUCUGCUGCAAAAGAACCGAGAUCUGAACACAGAUGGACCAAAGAUGGAUGUAAACGUCUUCUCAUUAGCGUUGUACAAAAAAGAAAGUAGCUAAAAUGUAUUUUUAUGGUUUGUUUUAAUAUUUGGAAUCUCAAAAUUAGGACAUUGCGGCAGAUGUGCCCAUGUAGGCGCAGCAUUGGCGGCGGCGCUCCCUUCAGAAGUUGAGAACAUUUUAACCCUUGUACUGUCUUUGGGUCUUGUAUCCUUCUUUCUUCCUGCCAUGCUCUCUCCUUCCUUUCCUCUUUUCCUCCUUUUUUACCCUCCUUUACUCCUUCCUACCUCCCUUCCGUCAUUCAUUCCUUUAUUACCUUCUUUGCUUUUCCUUCCUCCUUUCCUUAUUUUAUCCAUUCCUUCCUUCUUCCCUCCCUCCCUUCUUUCCUUUUCUCCCUUCUUUCCUUUCUUUCUCCCUUCUUUCCAUCUUUUCUCCCUUCUUUCCUCCCUUCCAUCUUUUCUCCCUUCCUUACUCCCUUUCCUACUUCCUUCCUUCUUUUCUUCCUUACUUCCUUCUUUCCUCCCUUCCAUCUUUUCUCCCUUCCUUACUCCCUUUCCUACUUCCUUCCUUCUUUUCUCCUUUCUUCCUUACUUCUUUCUUUCCUUCAUUCCUUCUUUUCUCCCUUCACCCUCCCUUGACCCAAAAACUGCACAAGGGUUACAUUUUCCUGCAAAAUUCUGCCAAUCAACCUGCGGCCAGUGCUAACCGCUACAAUCGAGCGCAGACCGAUUUACAAAAAACUCGCCUUACUUGAACACUGAGCGGGUAGAAACGUGACUACGUCAACAACAUCCGCUGUCACGCAUGAGUUAAGCUAGCCUCAACUUGCCAAAACAAGCGUUUUAAACGUUUUAAGUAAAUUUCAUUUUUGAUUCGUUUGAUUUUCACCUAUUUCGGGCAGUUUUGCAAGUUAUUAUUUUUGUUGAGCUCUCGGCUGCUGUAGAUUUUGACAACUUUUCUUUUCGCUUUCAAAUUGGUUGCCGUGACGAUGAUGUGAACUCUACCUCUCCACUGAACGACGCCGCAGCGACGAACUGUUGGAGGCCGAUGCUUUUGUUUCCUUGCCAACGCCAACGUGACGGUUUUCUUCAGAUACGUCGCGUUUUAAUUUAUUCUCGCCCGUUUCUGCACUUGUACAGUUCUACGAGUCGCCUCUCCGAGUGUUGCCGCCGGCAACGUGAAAAAAGCUGUUUUCAUUAGACGCCGUAUCUCAGAUUAUUAUUUAAAUGAAUGUUGUAUCCAGAGAUGCUUAUUUAACUGCCAGCUUUCAGAAAAAUGUUUGUGUGGAGUCGAAAUUUAAACCAGUGCCAAAACACCUAAUUAAAAUGUUCAUUUCUCUCUGAACCUG